ACCUUUCAGUACCAAUCCAGCAAAGUGGAAAGUUGGAUAAAAACUCUCAUGAGUUCGUGACAAUUGAAUAGACAACACGGGACCAUUUUGGAGACCACAUCGUAAAAUAUGCAUAUUCACGCUUACGAAAAGUCACUGAUGCGUUACGACGAAUACGUGGUACAUAAGCAUAUACUGCUUAUUGUGCCGCCAAUUUUGUUGACCGUUGGAAGCGUAGGUAAUAUUUUCGCAUUCAUAAUUUUGCUGAAAAAUGUCAGAAAAACGUCAACCUAUAGCUACCUAUGUGCAUUGGCACUCGUUGAUCUCCUUGUGCUCUAUGCCGGAUUAUUAAGAAUAUGGAUUGGACAAUUUACGACAGAUUUUGUAGAUACGAACAACAUAUUGUGUAAAAUUGGCAUUUUUCUCGGAUAUGUGUGUAGUGACGUGUCAGUGUGGCUUAUCGUCGCAGUUACUAUUGAAAGAUUCAUAGUUGUCAUAUUCCCACUGAAAGCGCCAAGAAUUUGCAACACAAGGAAUGCGCGUAUCACGAUCUUGUGCGUCAUAUUUUUAUUUAUGUCGGUCAAUAGCCAUUUUCUUUGGUCUGUUGAAUUACACCAUUACACUUUUAACAGUAGCUCUAUUUCAAAAUGCCAUGCUAAACCGUUGUUCACACAUUUAGUGGAGGAAAUCUGGCCUUGGGUAGAUGCUGCAAUAUAUUCGUUUGUGCCUUUUCUCAUUAUCAUUAUACUAAAUAUAUUCAUCAUUGAGAGAAUUAUCUCAGCACGACAAAAUCGAAAUGUGCUGCGACAGCGGACUUCACUGCAAGAGAAGUAUGGCGAUGUAAAGCCAAACAGAAUACAUGAGGAGGCAAGCAAAAGAAUAACUUUCAUGUUACUUGUAGUGUCAUUUUCAUUCCUAUUAACUACCUUGCCAAUGAACUUAGUUUUGAUCGUGACGUCAAUUUACGGAACGAAGGAGACUGAAAACGACGCUGUAUUUUCAAAACGUAAGCUUAUAAGCACGUCUGCUGAGAUGUUGAUGUACCUCAAUCAUAGCAUUAACUUCUUUUUAUAUUGUGUGACUGGUAAAAAAUUCAGACUUCAAUUCAAGGAGUUAAUCCUGUGUGGAAAUACCUCACCAUUUUCUCAUAGAAUCGCGGGUAACUCUCAAGGAUUUUCUACAACAUCUACAACUGCAAUAAACAGACUAAGCAUGACUGCAUCUAAACCAGCAUUUACAGAGACAAACCACAAUGAAACACAUUAUUCUCGUGUUUAGAUGUUCUUUGUUGUUGUUGUUCUGUAUCGACGGGAAACAUGUCAUAACCUCAUAAUAUUCCAUAGCAAAAUAGAAAAUAAUUAUUAAGAUAAUAAAGGAAAGAUUAUCUAAGAUUUCUGUUUUUGUAUCUAACAUGUGUCUGUUUUUAAGUAAACAUGUAUAUAAUUAACCAACAAUGAAAACAAUUUCUUAGACAUGUGUAUGGUAAUAAAUAUAAUCAUUUUCCCCGACUUAUUUCCCUGAACAUAAUAA